AUGGCUUGUUCUACUGAUAGCAUUGUUUUGAUUGAUGAUGAUACAGUGAAUUGGCUGAGACAUGUUGGAAGACAGCUAUCCAAAAACUUGACUUCUUCAGUUGAUAAGCUUCUUCAAUUACUUGAUAAAUUGGAGCUGAUAUUAUCAAUCUUGGAUCAUGAUCCACCCAAGCAAAUUCAAGGAUCACUUGUACUUCCAAUGAAGACAUUGAUUUCUGAUCAACUUUUGAGACACGCAGACGAGGAUGUUAAGAUUUCUGUUACAGCUUGUCUCACUCAGAUUACAAGAAUUACAGCACCGGAUGCACCUUAUGACGAUGAACUGAUGAAGGAAUUUUUGAAGCUGGCCGUGUGA